UCUAAAAUUCUUUUGAGUUCUUCCUCUCCGGCUCUCUGCGAUCCUGGAAGUCAUCACGACGCCACCGCGUACCGCCCAGGCACCCUCCACUGCUGCCGGUCCACCGCCUCCCACUGCCUCGCCACCGCCUCUGCCUCGCGCCCUCGCCACAACCUCGCCAGUCGCCUCGCCACAGCCUCGACACCAGCCACCGCUCACCAGAUUUAAAACUUCAGGAAGCCUUCCAGAAUGACUAAGACAGAAGCAACCCUUGUGAAAGAUGCUGUCCACAAGCUGCAACUUUGUCUUCUGGAUGGCAUUCAAGAUGAGAAUAAACUCUUUGCUGCUGCGUCUUUGAUGUGUCGUAGUGAUUAUCAAGAUGUUGUCACAGAAAGAACAAUAGUAAACAUGUGCGGUUAUCCACUUUGCAGCAACUUUUUGCCAUCGGAUAGGCCUCACAAAGGUCGGUAUCGUAUUUCCGUGAGGGAGCAUAAAGUAUAUGAUCUUCGUGAAACCUACAUGUACUGCUCAACAAAUUGUGCUGUGAAUAGUAGAGCAUUUGCUAGUAGCUUUCCAGAAGAGAGAAGCUCCACUCUUCACCCUUCUAAACUUAAUGAAGUCUUGCGGCUUUUUGAGGUUCCAAGAUUGGACUCUGAAGUGGAUCUUGGAAGAAAGGGAGGAUUAGGAUCGUUUGAAUUAAAGAUUCAGGAGAAAGUGGAAGUGAAGAGUGAAGCUUCUCCUGAAGAGUGGAUUGGUCCAUCAAAUGCAAUUGAAGGCUAUGUUCCACAGAUGGAGAAAACUAUCAAGCCACCACAAGGAUCUACGCCUAAGCAUAGCCAGCUCAAUAAGAAGAAAAAUGUGAUUUUUGACGACACAGACUUCACUAGUGCCAUAAUUAUUGGAGGUGAGUAUAGCAUUUCAAAGUUAGCUGGUACUUCAACAGCUCUUUUGGACGAGAACAUUAAAGAACCAACAGAAAAAGCAAGUAAUAGCUACAAAGAUGAUCAAGUUACUGCAUUAGGAAAUCAGGUCGGUUCUUUGCAAAUCCAUGACAAUGAUGAAUCAAAACAGUCAGACAAAAAGAUUAGUAGGAUUUCUGAGAGUGUCAAGAAUCACAUUACAGAGGCAUCUACAGAUCCUUACUACAACAAUCUCAAUACAGAUGGCAUAAGAGCAGGAAAAAUGUCAGAUGAUGGAAAAGAUGCUGCACCUAAGACUACUGCACUAAAAUCUUCUCUGAAGCCAUCAGGUGCAAAGAAAGCAACUCGUUCAAUUACUUGGGCUGACAAGAAAACUGAUCCUAACAGCAGAAACAGUCUCACUGAGUUUAGGGAAUCCGGAGAUCCAGAAAAUGUUUCCGAAAAAAUUGGCUCAAAAGAUAUAGAAGAGGAUGAUGAUUACCGAUUUGCAUCUGCAGAAGCUUGUGCAACAGCAUUGAACCAAGCAGCACAGGCUGUUGCAUCGGGAUCUGAUGUCUCUUGUGCAGUGUCUGAAGCUGGGAUUAUUAUAUUGCCACCUCCACAAGAAAUGGAUGAAGUGGAUUGCCAAGAGAAUGGUCAGGUGCUUGGUGCAGAAUCAAAUUCUCAAAAUUGGCCAACAAAGCCAGGGUUGCCAAAUUAUAAUCUGUUUGAUUCUGAGGAUUCUUGGUAUGACAGUCCACCAGAGGAGUUUAAUUUAUCUUUGUCACCCUUCUCAACAAUGUUUAUGGCACUAUUUGCUUGGAUCUCAUCAUCAUCCUUGGCCUUUAUAUAUGGGCGUGAUGAAAGUGCUCAUGGAGAAUAUUCAUUUAUUAAUGGAAGGGAAUAUCCAAGACAGAUUGUACUAACAGAUGGUCGCUCGGCUGAGAUUAAACAAACUCUUGCUGGUUGUCUAGCUCGGGCCUUGCCGGGAUUGGUUGCUGAUCUUAGGCUGCCAGUACCAAUAUCAACUUUGGAAAAGGGAAUGGCUAGUUUGAUUGACACAAUGUCUUUUGUGGACCCGCUCCCCUCAUUCAGAAUGAAGCAGUGGCAGUUGAUUGUUCUUCUUUUUCUUGACGCACUCUCUAUAUGUAGGAUUCCUUUGCUUACCUCAUAUAUGACAGGAAGGAGAAUUCUACUUCCAAAGGUUCUAGAUGGCGCACAAAUAAGUGCUGAAGAGUACGAGAUUAUGAAGGAUCUCAUAAUUCCGUUAGGCCGAGUACCUCAGUUCACGAUGCAAAGUGGAGCAUAAUGCACGGAGGAGUUGCAUCAUUCCAUUAGGCUGAGUCGAUAUCUUGAUGUGGUCUAGUGAUUAUUUUUGUCACGAAAUUCCAAGAUAAGAAUGUUGAACAUGUCUGUUGGAGUUUGAUUCAAAGCUGCUCUGCUAUGUAGCAUAUUUUUUGUUUGUGAAGAUGUUGGGAUGAUGGAGAAUUGCGUAAUGGCAUUCAGUUUAAUUGAAUUAAAAGAUUCCAGCGAAAA